UUAUGUAAAUAUUAGAAAUUUAUGAGUGAAAAAUAAAAAUAACAAAAAAAUCAGGAAAAUAAAAAUAAUUCUUUUACUUUAUUCUCAUAUGUAAAAAAAAAAAAUAAAAAGAAAAGAAUAAAAGCAAUAAUCGUUAUCUUAAAGUUGUCAAUGAUAAAAGAAAAGAGCAAGAAAUAAAAAAAAAAAGAAAAAAAGAAUAGAAAUUAUAGUUUUUUUUUUUUCAAUUAAAAACUAUGAUGCAUAAUUAAUGACGAGCAUAAUAGGAAAUUUACGAAUUUUCUUAAAAUUCUUGAGAUUAAAAAAAUUUUGAUUACAGUGAAAACAUAUAAAAUAGGCAUAUGUAUCAGAACAUAAUUUAAUUAUAAGUAUAGAAAACGAAGGAAUUCGAUAAUCACAAAAAGAAUAAGAACUUAAUCUUUUUUAAACUUAAACCUUUUAUUAAGAAUAUUUUAAUAGUAUCUGUAUUCUUUAAUAAUAUUUAUAUAUUUCAUAAUAAAUUAUUAUUUUAUAUAUAAUUAUAUAUAAUAAUAUAUAUAAUUAUCAAUUUCAUAAUUUAAUUUAAUUAUCAAUUUAAAAAAUUAAAAAAAUUUUUUUAAUAUUAUUUUAUGAAUUCAAGAUAUAACAUAAUAACAUAAUAUAUGUUAUAUCAUCCACAAUUCAAUCCGUAUCAAAUGUAAUUAUCGACGAUGCAAAACAAAAUUAUUUUUUAACAUAUAUUCUAUGAUAUAUAUAUAAAUAAUAAAAGAAAUAAGAAAAGAAUUAUAUCUAAGAAAGAUAUUAGAUGAACAUGAUUUUUAAAAAUUGAACAAUUUUAUUUGAUAAUUCAAAUAUCGACUGUAUUAUCUGAAAUACCAUGGAAUAUCUUGUAUCAAGGUGAUUUCGCAUUCAUUGAUAUUCCAAGGGAAAAUAAAUUAUCUCUUUGCAAAUACAUAAUUUUAUUAUCCAUUAAUCUCAUUAAUGGAUAUGGCUCAUAAUAUAGUACGACAAAUAACAUGUAAGUAUAUAAAAUUCAAUGUAUUCAAAAAUUUUUUCGAGACAUUUAUCGAGAAUAAAUGAUAUUGUGAGAACAAUAUCGUUUUUUAAAAAAGAAUUUAAAGGACUCUUGAAAUUGUAUAUUUGUUAGAAAACAUUUCGGCUGAAGUUAUUAUUUUGUAAACUAUAUGUCCUCUUAGCUUACCUUCUUUUCGAGCAAUGCGGACGCGUGAUUACAUCGCUCCGUAUUUCGAGUCGAUUUUAAGUGGUAAAUUCAGUGAAAUUAAUUCAGGUGGUAUUCGAGCGUAUUAUAGAAGUGGAAAAGUGUUAGUGACUGCGAUUUCAUGGCAAUCGAAUUCACGGAUGGCGAGAAAUCACGAAAAAAUAUAUUAGAGUAAUUCGAAAGUGACACCAUAUCUGAAAAUUUUAAUUUCAAAGUGUAUUAGUAUUACCGAAGAUACAGUACGACUUCAAAAUGGUAAGAAAGACAUGUUUGGUAAAAAAUUGAUAAUGUUCGGUGAAUUAUUAUAGGUCCCAUAAGUGAUCAAAUAAUUUCAAGAAACACGUGGUUCAGAGACAGCCAUAUUGGUCACUUAGUACCGUUCGAUCAUAGCGCUACCAGACGUUCACUUUUAUGUACUACUUUCUAGUGUAUUCGACAUUAAUUGGCGAGUGAUCCAAGUCAAUGAUUAGGCGAUCGAAACGUCUCCAAGUGUCGCCUGGUGUUCUUAUUGCUGAUUAGCUGACACGCUAUGAGGUUCAGCUGCUGAUUGGCUGAGCGUCGGGUAAUUCAUUGCCGAUUCAUACUUGGAUAUAAUUCUUUCUUAAUAACUUUUCUUGCGGAAAUGUGAGAGUUGCUAGCUUGUUACAAACAUUUUUGAUAUACGAGAGAUUGAGGAUUUUUUGAAAAAAAAAAUGUCUUUAGACAUGCAGAGAUAACAAAAAAGAAAUGUAAGGCGCAGCGAAAGAAUAACAAGAGCUCCGAGAAAAAUGCUAACAAAAUAAUGGAACACGAGGAAAAACAGAGAAUAUUUCCAUCUAAAUACAGUCGAAGAUUGAAAAGACAUAAAGAAAUUCUCAGUCUUUUUUUAGGCUUGGACAACGAUAUUUCAAAAGUGUUAGCAACUUGUUAAUAACUUUCUAAAGUAGAAAAGUUGCAAAUAUUACUUCAACAAAGCCUUAUUUACAGCAAUAACCUAGGAGGAUUUAGAAUUGGACUUAAAAUUUCUAAGCAUUGCAGCAGAGCUCACGAUCGCAAGAGCAAACAUUUUAAAGUUGUGAUGGAAAAAGAUGGCAUCGCAACUGAUCGUGGUAGCCAAGCAAAAUUUAAUGUAUGCAGGUAUGUGAGAUCGGGAGUCGCGAUUCUGACUAACACUAAACAUGACUUAUGAUCAUUAUUCCAUCAUUAUUCUGAUCCACCAAAAGAUUAAAGAUAAUGGUAUUUUCAUUGAGACGAAAUAAUCUAGCAACGCUUCUCGGAAUUUGAAGCUGAAGGAAGCGGGUUUCGCUAUUGAAAUUGUAACAAAUAAGAAUCAAUAAUUUAUGACGUUUCCAGGUCAAACAGGGAAUAAUGAGAAUCUCAUCGAGUAAAAUAGAAUAAAAUAAGGAAAAAUUCCGGCAGCAAGUGAAGUUGAUUUUCAAAUUAAGAAAUAGAAGCAAGGAUCGAUGUAAUUGCAUUUUAGAGACAUUGAAGAAAAUAUGGAGAAAAAUAAACUUACAUCGAUUGAAGCGGCUACAGAACGCGGAACCUAGUGACUACGAAAUGUUAUAGAUAGCUAAGUAAGCAAUAAAGAAAUCUGCACACAAUUGUGAUAGACAAGGCCUGUCCAUCAUAAGCAAUCGCAUUGAAUCAAAUCCUAUUAAGAACAGAUUAUGGUUCAUGGAAAGCUAAGAAAUGAACAAGAAUUACGGAUAAUUCAGUUAAAUAUGAAAAAAUCGCAAUGCGUCACUUUCGAGAUCGUGUGAAUCUGGAUGAGAAGGACAUUCUGUUCGUGCAAGAAACAAUAAGAAGUUUAAUAUUGCAGUGUAAUUCAGUGGUUACGACUACGAAGCUGGCCCAUUUAUAUGACAACCAUUAUGUAUGCAUGGAUGUGAUUUUCGACAGAAUAUAUUUGGCCAAUAAUAUAUUUCCAGUGUUUCGAAAGCAUACAACCGUAUAUUCGGAAAAUGAAACGAUUCGUAUCCGUUCUGCCCGGAAAAGAAUUAAUCAUAGUGACUCGAACGCGAAAUCUCUCCUUUAGCACUGUAAGCGAUUGAAUGCUCGAAUUAGCAUUGGUACUAAAACGAAUCGUAUGCAGUCUAAAUCUUCUAUUCGGAUGAUCAAUAUAACUCUAGUGCCCUAAAAAAUUAAGGAUUAUCAUAAAAGAAUUGACGUCAUAUACUUGUAUAUGCAAGGCAAUCACGAGGCACAAUUUAUAUAACGUAAGGACAGCAAACUGGAAAAAACUCCAGAAAUUGCGAACUCGCGAACGCCUGAGCAAGAUGGACUGAAUCGCAGGGCAGUCGCUCUACAAGUUACAUCAUUGACAUAUGCAACCAUGCUAUAAAGACGAAGAGAGUGCGUGUCAAAUCGGUAACGUGAUGGAUGGAAUUUCUGAUCUUGCGUAAGAGAAAAAUAUCGGGAACAAGAUUUCAGAGGAAAAAACGUCGAAAGAAGGUAAAAAAAUCCACAUAUUUAAAUCUCCGACGAGCAUACAAAACGACCGAGAGAAUCAAGCAAGAUAGUUCUGUUGACAAUUCUUGAGAGCAAUCUCUGGACUACAAACUGUGCGGCAGAAGAAUUGCGCCGGAAGCUAUGAUCGUCACAACGAAGAAAUUUUGGUGAAAUGAUGAAGGGAGAACAAUAUAUAUGGAAGAAGUGUGUUCGUGGACUGUUGGAUUCCUUGAUCUCGCUGAUUUCAUGAUCUACUACCACUGUGAUGUAAGUAACGAGACGCUGAAAAAGGAAUAAUGACGCGCGAUCUUUUGCAGGAAGAACAAAAAGAGUCUCGACAGGAUUGAAAUUGAAAUAGUCAAGACCUCAUAAUCCAAAAAAAAAAUAUGGGGCUUCUUUAAUGUCUGGUUCCUUCCUAGGAAUUUGUGGACUCGAUUGAAAGACGCUGAUAAUCAGAUCCGGCUUCGUAUCGACCAAAUCUGUCUUCGGCAAAUGUUUUCAGAUCAGUGAUUCGCGAAUGUGACUCAAUUUGGAUUAUGAAAAAGCAGGUUGACAAUGAACGCGAUUCUGAUGAUAAAGAAAUGAUCUUGGCCGUGGUCCAAGAGGAUGUGUGUGUAUGUGUAUGUUUAUUGCAUACAAGAGAAUGAUCACUGGAAAAUCUCUUCGAAGCAUUCGCCCUUGGAACGAUUGGCUUAAUACGCGGAGAAGAAACUAGCUCUUUCGAUAUAAGAAACAGAUAUAAUUCUACUGAAAGGAAUAUUAGACCGAGGAAGUCCACCGAUGAUAACUUAGAGUAACCAUCUGUUGAGGAUGAGAGCUAUGUGGUCACGUCGUCUACGAAUUCAAGGAAGCGGCAGGCAGAAUUCUACGUAGAACAAAGGUGGAUGUUGGAGCUCAUUCGUGGAACUUCAGAUAUUUCUAAGGCGAAUCAAGAUGUUUCCACGAGAAUCUACUAUUUUCGAUUAUGUUCAUUGCGUUCUGAGUGUUCACUAUAUUCGAAUGGACAAACCAUUGUAAUUCUUACUUCGAUUUACUUUUUUUCAGGUUUUUAAACUUACCGAAAGUUAAGAGUGAUCGAGAGUAUAGAAUCACCAUUUGGGAAAUGAUCAACUCUGAAUCUCUUCUCUUUAUUACAUUCGAUGUUUUCUGAAAGUAUCUAUGUCCUUAUUACUAUCAUGGCCAUGAAUAUAAUUGAUAGUAAGAUUUUCCAGCCUGGAAAAGUAUAAUUGAAAAUAAUAAAGAAAAAUAAAGGACUCACGGUCUCUGAGUAACGGCUUUAUGGAUAACGAUAUAUUAUUAGUUUACAAAUUAAAGAACUUUGUAUGUGCUUAAGAUGAAAUUUCAAAAAAUUACAAAAUCAAGCGUUUGACGAUAGCAUUAUUUAAGAAUCGUCGCUUGAUUUAAUAAUAUUGAAGACUUUUUAAAAGAAUAUCGGAAACUUUUCAAAAAAAUUACGAAAAUUGAAAACAUUUUUUUCAGUAUUUAGUAAAAAAUUCUUUUAUUAUUAUUACAAAUAAUAACGCAUUGUUUCUAUAUAAUAUUUCUAUAUAUCUAUGUUAUAUAUAUUUGAUAAAUUUGAAAUUUGAAUAAAUAUUAAAAAAAUAAUGGCAGAAAUUUUUAUUUUUAAUGAAUGAUUGAAAAUUAAGUAAAGAUAUUAAAAAACGAUAUAUUUUGAAAUUUGAAACUUGUCGCAAUUGAUUUGUAUUGUAUAUUAUUUAUGCGCUUUAUGCUUAUUUAUUGAAGCAAUUUUUAAAAAGUUUUAUAUACAUCUCUUCGAAUUAUCUAGUAUAAUAUUUGUUAUAAAUUUAUUUUGAUAAUAAAAUUAUAUUGAUAAUUGUUUAUAAUUUAUAUUUUCAAUUAAUUUUAUGAUAUUUAUUUUAUGAUCCAUUCUCCAUUUUAAUAUUGUACAAUCGUUAUAUUGGAUUUUAUCAAAAUAUUUCAUAUAUAUUUCACAUUACAUCAUUCUAACAUAUAUAAACAUAUAUAAUUGCGAACAAUUUCGUGAAAAAUAAAAUUAAAAUAAUAAAAUAUUAUAAAAAUAAAUAAAUAUUUAUAAUUUUUCAAUCAAUUCAUUACAUUCAAUCAAUAGUAUGGAAUAAUAAUUAUUUUCAAUAUAUAUUUAAAUUAAAAUUACUUUAAAAAAUAAUUACCUGUAACAUCAAUAUAACUUUUUUAUAUUAUUUAUAUUAUUUUAUAUUAUCAUUUUCAAGAUGCAUUUAUUGAUUUCUUUCAAUUUCUCUCUUUCUCACUUAUUAAACGAAAUAACGAUAUUUUUUUAAAUAAGGAAGAAGUUGUCUUAUCAAGUAACUAGAAAAUAUUCGUUGUAACAAAUUUUUAUUCCCUAAUAUCUCGAGAAAAAAGAAAAGAAAACAAAUAAAACAUUGAAAGAGCUUAAAAAAGAAAGAUUAGUGAUACAAACAAAAAAUUUAAAAACUGUAAUUUUCUCGUAAUCAAAUAUCUAUUAUGAAUUUUUUAUUUUAAAAGCUUUUUGCAGAAAGUGCGAGGAAAAUCGAUCGAUUGUAAUUUACCGCAAUUAUUACAUAGCAGAUUGUUAUACCAUAGAUAAAUGACACUAUGAAAAUAGAAGAAGGAAAAAUACCGUAAAUAAUAUAUGAAGCCGAGGUGUAAACGAAUGAUUCUUCGAGUUCUAUAUGGCAGUCCUAUACGAUAUCUUAGAAUCUAAAGAAGAUGGAUGUAUUUGACAAACAUCAAUCCUAUCAUUCUUAUCGUACUGUGAUGAAAAUCAUAGGACUAUGGCCAUAUAGUAAUUCGAUUUAUGUGUGUAUUCAGAGACUAUGGUUAUUGAUAUUCCUUCUUGGCCAAAUAAUAUUUCAGAUUGUGAUGCUUCUAAGAUCUGAAAUUACGUUACAAAACUGUACUUUAAUAUCGUUUACGAUCUGCCCAUUUAUAAUAAUUUUCUUACGAUAUAUAGGUUUUAUGAUAUUUUUUCCCACGGUAAAAUUUCUAUUUCAUCACAUUCAAAUGGAGGAAAAUAUAAUACAAGAUUCAAUAGAAGCACAGAUACGAACGAAAUUUAUCAAUGAUUCUUGUCAUAUGAUCGACAUUUUAUUUUGGAUAACUUAUGCACUUAUUGCAUUCUUCAGUAUGUUGCUGUUGUGUCCUAUGAUAUUGGAUUUCAUAAACCCUUUGAAUGAAUCUCGUACACGAAUUAUUCAUUAUUUUACAGUAUUUUCUUACAAUCGAAUUAUCUAUAUUGAUAUACUAUGCUUGAACUAUAUAUUUAUUGCAAUAAUUGCAUCAUUAUCUAUAAUAUGUAUGGAAUCGAUGAUCGGAUUUUAUAGUUAUCACGCAAGCUUGUUUUUUAAAAUUAUUGGUUAUCGAAUACAAAAGAUUGUUACGUAUUUGACUAUAUUUAAUUUAUCAUCGAAGCAAAUUGAUUCGAAACUUGUGGAGCUUUAUCGCAUAGUGGAUAUUCAUAACCAAGUUAUCGAACUUAUCAAUGCAUUAAAUAAUUCAGGAAUACAGUUUAUGGUGCCUAGUAUUCUAAUCGUGAUUUCAGUGGCAAUAAAUCUGCAUCAACUAGUAAAUACGAUUCUUAUUAGAAAGAAUCAAUUAGAAAUUUUGAUCUUUCUUAUAUUUCUUGUCUUUCAAAUGAUGAUCAUGUUUAUAUGUAACUAUAGUGGUCAAAUACUUAUAGACAACAGUCAAGAAUUGCUUUAUGACUUAUAUAUUUCUACGUGGUAUUUUGUACCGUUAAAAGUACAAAAGAUUUUAUUGCUGAUCAUGGUACGGAGCUCGAUAACAUAUAUGAUUAGCAUUUUAGGUGUGUUUACUCCGUGUCAUGCAGGAUUUUCGACGGUAAUUUAUUCAAAUAAAUAUAUCAUCAUUUGAAUUCAAAGUAAUAAAAUGUUUUGCAUUUCAGAUGUUAAGUACGUCCUUUUCAUAUUUCACUUUGAUAUAUUCCACACAAUAGAAUAGAUGAUUUCAUGUUAGACAUACUAGUAUUGAAAUAAAUAUUGCUUUAUACUUUGUCUUGUUCAAA